UGGCUUUAAGUUGUGGGGAUGUGGUCUGGUAAAUUCAAAAGCUCGCUGAACAUCAGAGUCAUCACAUCCACAGUGAAAUCAUCAUGAAGCAUCUGAGUGUCGCCGUGGGACUGCUGCUGCUCGCUCUCUACUGCACUGCCAUGCCUCAGGCACUGAAUGACGCAUCGCCCGUACUUUGCUGCUUUAAAUUCUUCUCAGGCAGGAUCCCAGAGGCACAUAUCAAGUCCAUCCUCCAAACUCACGACACAUGCCUCUCAAAGGGCUUCGUGAUCAACACCCCGAAGGGGAGGCUCUGCGUGAGCCAGAAUACAAAAUGGGCCAAGAAGGCUUUCGACAAAGCCCAAGUCAUUUAGGGUCAACGUGAAAGAGGAGCUGCUGCUCGAGCCGCCUGCAACCAGGACAAAGUGACGGGCGUCGAUUCUUUCUGUUACCAUGAGGUCCAAAGUCAGAGACGACAAGCAAGGAUAGUCGGAUCACCCAAAGUUUACAAAGAAUUACAAUUUAUAUUAUCUCCACAACGUGUACUGAAACUCUAUUAGAUGUCCCUCUUGAUCGUAAUAAUAAUCUGGUGCCAGUAAUAAUGGUCUUUAUAGGGCAAUGGUAGAAGAUUGUAGCCCUUGGAGGUCAGGUUAAACUAUAACAGUGUUUUAAUUUGGUCUCGGAUUUUGGAAACUCAUUGUAUACUUAUAUACUGUCUAAAUAAUGAAUCAUUAGAUUAGCACAAUUGUUUUAUGCAGCAUUAUAAAAUACCUCUUUACAGCUUUACUGAUCAUUACAUUACAGUUUCAUUGUAUAAGAAUUCAGGGCCUAACCUUUGAAAAAUAAUAGCUUGAAGUUAUCAAAACUUUUUUUUCAAUCAUUGUACUGUUCUGUCAUUUUAUUUCUGUUACAGUAUUACAAUCAAUGUUUAAGAGUUCUCUUUUCAUAUAAUAAAUGUAAGAUCUGCUUUGCUUGGCAAAAUCACUUCUAUUUUUAUUUUAAA